AUGUGCUACAGACAAAAGUUUAAAGAUGAAUUUAAAGAGCCCCCCCUGGUGGUGAUUCUGGACUGUGCAUCCUGUCCACAUUCUCACCCCCACUCCCAAAGGUAGGCCUUUCUUCUGUAUCUGUGGAUUCUGUCCAAGAAAAGGUCAAAACUCCAGCAACUCUUAAAGAAAAAUAACUCUAUUCAUGAAGUAAAGUAGCCUUCACCAGUCAUGUGACAUCAAACAAAGGAGAGUGAGAUUAUAUAAGUUCAUUCUUCUUUCUGAUCCCAUUCAUUUAUAUUUGGGAAAGUUUGUGUGUAUUAAAUAGAUUUAAUCAAUGAAUGAAAUAAAACUUAAAUGUAAAAAUAAUAACCAAGCCACAUUUAAAUGAAGCAAAAGAAAAAGUCCAACACUUAAAAAGCAAACAUAAAUAUGACUGUGAGGAUUAAAGCCAAUACCUGUGUAGCGAUUUGAAAUGAGCCUCACAAGGCCGCACCAAAAUAAUACUGUAGCGAUUGGAAUUUAUAAUAAAUGUCUGAAGAUUAAUAAUCUCAAAUUAUGACAUUUAUGCACUCGUUGAAAGGGGCACCACCCACCCUUAAUGGUGGGAAAAUAAAGAAAACAAAAGUUUAAUUCAGAAAUCAAACACCAAGUCAGUUUUAAUUAAUCAGUCUCAUAUCUUAAGUCGAAAUUCUAAUUUCAGGGACUCCACUUCUGGAAGAACACUAACAGGCAAGAACUUAGAAAAAUAAUGAUCUGUUUAUUACAGGAUAAAUGAUGGUACAACAUACAUGCAAUAAAUGAUAAGAUAAUGAAGAUAAAUAAUAAUAGGUGAAUAAAUAAAGAUUCUGAGUCAGGCUAGGAGCACUAAAGUUAAUGAUAGUGAGUGAAUAUGCGCUAACAUAUUAACCUACACUAACUUUGGUGUCGAGAUAAACUCGGAUGUGGAUUUGGAGGAAUCUAAGAUCACCAGAAAUAGGUGGAUAUCUGAGUUAUGAACGCAGGAGACAGCACCAGCCCUCUUUGGAGCUCUGGAGGUUUGCAUACUUAAGUGAGACUGGUCCUUGGAGAAGAUGGAGCAGGUUCUGAAGGUCAGGGGCUACUGGCGGUUAGAGCAGUUCAGCUCAGAAGACGACUGAGGUCAGCCGAAGGAUGAGCCAGGAGUUGCAGCACUCAGGCCCGAAGCAAAGCCAGUGCCUGUGGAUCCUGUGGAUGCUCGUUUGGGUACUUCUUUGGUCUCACUCAAAAACUCUGGCACAGAGGAUGACCUGGGCCUGCUGGGUUGCGUUCAGAGGUGACUUUGAAACCACGCAGAUAACUCAGAUAAACGAGACUCGAAGAGCAGAGAAAACUUUCAAAAAUGGCUUCGCGAAAUUAAAGAAAAAUCAAUCAAAGGCUUAAUCUUGAAUUGCUAUGCGCACAAAAAGUUGAAGUUUCAAAACUUGAACUAAGACGAUGUUAAAGAAAAAUCAACGUGAAUCAACACGUGGCGUAAAACUUAGAAGACUAAGAAAAAGUUCUACGAGAAAACAAAGAAACGCACCACAGAAGGGUGUGGGCAGAAGAGUAGGUACAAGAAAGAAAGGAAUAAGAGAGUGAGCAACCCCACUUCACUGGUUUUAUCUUCUCACACUGGGAGUGUCUCUGGCGUGUGUGUGUGAGACAGAGGAGGGGUCAUCGGGUCUCUGAUUAUUUGAUCUAACUUAUUCUUUUGGCUGGCAAAAGAGUCAGAUCUGAUACUCACUCACUAUGAUUAAUAUCAUUGAAUGCUUCAUUUCAAGAAAAAGAUUUGAUACUAAACACAUAUGAAUGAAGUGUAGGAUCACAUCAAACAUUCUCAUUAUGUUUUAAGUAUCACAUUGAACAUGCUAAAUUACUCUGAAAUGAAACAGAUAGUAACACAUGGAAACUGUGAACAACAAAAGAGUAAAUACAUGUGAAUGAACGUCAUCAUGAUUAAUAAUGGAUUCUAAAUACUCACAUUCAGGUUAUUCAAUGACAUUAUAACCACCUAAUGGUUAAAAAUACUAAAUAAACAACUAAAAUAUAAACCAAACAUUUCUAAACUAUUUCUGUGUUCUUAGAGUAAAGUUAUGAUUCAUAGUCAAUAAAUUUAACUCUUAAAAGUUCAUGAAACAGUCUGAAAAGCUGUUGGUCUAAAGAAACUAAAGAAUAAGGAUUUAUUCUGUCAGUCAUAACUCGGCUUCUGGAGCACAUAGAAAAACAGGAAACAUCUCAUUUUAACACAAAUUUCAUGAUUAGACAGAUUAGUACAUUGCUGAAUGCAUAAGAUGUCAGGAUCAGUCAUUUGUAUUCUUUCACCAAAGGAAUGUAGUCUUUAUCAGUGUAUGGUCGAGCAGGGUUUUACAACCGAGGUCUGGAGGUCAGUGUCCGGUAAAUCUCAAAUGGGAGAUCUGGGUUGAAGCGUUAAUGUUUAUUUAGAUGGUCAACAAUGGAGUCAGUUUGAAAGGUAAUAAAACUCUGUUUCUGUUCUCCGAAUUGACCAAUCGUGAAGAGUCAGAGGUUUAGUCAACCUCCUGUUGGGUCACUUAGGUAACCUGAAAGUGCAAACGAGUCUGGAAAGAUUUAUAUCCUGUUUCCUGGGACCAGAUAAGGAACCUUUCCUGUGAGGAAUGUGUGAGUUUCACACCCAGGGUUGUCUUGAUUGCUACAAUAUCAAGAACAUGACAAAGAUAGGUUUUUACCAUCUUAAGAAUAUAGCCGGAGUCCACCCGUUUCUCUCUCAGGCCAACACAGAGGUGCUGAUGCAUGCUUUUAUUUCUAGUCGUUUAGAUUACUGUAAUGCCCUGCUCUCUGGUCUUCCCAAAAAGACUACUCACAUUCUACCACUGCUACAAAAUUCAGAAUUCAAAAUCAGUGUAACAGAGUUUAAAGUCUGGUCAUUAGAUCUAUAGAAACGUCACGUUUUCACGUGUUCCUGACAGGGAGAAGGCGGUGAGCUACUACACCAAACUGGAGGCCCAGCUGAAGGACGACUACAGGAAGGAGAGAGAGAAGGUGAACAGGAAGCCGUUGGGGAUGGCCUUCGUCACCUUCCAGAACGAGGCCAUAACCGCCAUGUAAGGACAUUUUAAGUGUUCGAUCCUUUAUAGAUGUGCGUCCUCGUCGUCGAUUUGAAACUAACUCUCUGGUCUCUGGAUUUUCCUCUCAGAAUCCUGAAGGACUUCAACGCCUGUAAGUGUAAGGGCUGUCAGUGCCGCCGGGAGCCCAAGAUCUCUCAGUUCAGCGCCAAGCUCCACACGCACAACUGGACCGUCAGCUACGCCCCGGAUCCACAGAACGUCUACUGGUGAGCUCACAGUCCGGGUCACACAGUCUGAUCCGAAGGCUCGUUGAUUUCGUUCGUUAUGUAACUCUUCACUCUUUAAAGGGCGGUUCCGCUUUAACUGCAUGAACGUCUUUGGUCCACGUACCCAAGUAUCAGGUUACGACCAGCUGUGUCCAUCUAACCGCUGCACGACCUUUAUCCCACAGGGAGCAUCUGUCAGUGGGCGGGGCCUUCUGUCGGCUCCGCUUUUUGAGCAUCAACAUUGUCCUCUUCCUCCUCCUGUUCUUCCUCACCACCCCCGCCAUCAUUAUCUCCACCAUGGACAAGUUCAACGUCACCAAACCUGUGGAGUACCUCAACGUGAGUUUAAGACCUGAAGUUACCUUUGUUAGUUCUUGUAGCUCCUCCUCCUUCUUCUUCUUCUUCAGCUCUCAGACCGUUGUCUUCUUCAUGUCUUCACUUCAUGUCUCUCUCUUGAAUCUGUCCCGCAGAAUCCAAUCAUCACCCAGUUCUUCCCGACCCUCCUCCUGUGGUCCUUCUCCGCUUUACUCCCGACCAUCGUCUACUACUCUGCCUUUUUUGAAGCCCACUGGACCCGGUACGGUUAAACUUGGUUUUUCUGUUCUGUUUGUGACGUCUGUCUGGAUUUAAUCAUGUUUAAUCGUCUCUGUUUGGUCUGCAGGUCUGGAGAGAACAGGACCACGAUGCAUAAAUGCUACACUUUCUUGAUCUUCAUGGUCCUGUUGCUUCCCUCUCUUGGACUCAGCAGGUACAGCGUGCUCUUAAAGCUACAGUCAGUGUUUUUUUAGAUUCAUCCUCUCACUGACUCUUUUGUCCUCGUAUCUCUGCAGUUUGGACGUUUUCUUCCGCUGGCUUUUCGACACAAGGUUCCUGGAUCUUGCGACCGUCAGAUUUCAGUGAGUUGAUCGAGUUUCAGACGGUCCGUUCAGAUUUUACUGCGACGUUGACUUUUCCUGUCGUUCCCAAGGUGUGUGUUCCUCCCUGACAACGGCGCCUUCUUCGUGAACUACGUCAUCGCGUCCGGUCUGCUCAUGUACAUGAUCCGGCUGUGUUUGGCUCGCUCUGCCGCAGAGAGGAGAAACGUGAAGAGGGUGAGUGUGUCCGAGGAGACCAGGUCUGAGGAGGCGAACCCACAGCUGAUCCAGUCUGUGUGAAAACAUUAGAUUCAUUCUACAACUGAAAUAUCAUCAGUGAAAUAUUUUAAGGUUAGAGUUUUGUCUGCGUAGGGCUGGGGUGGCGUACGCCUGGAUGAUGUGUGUCUUCAGCGUGGUCAUGACCUACAGCAUCACCUGUCCUGUCAUCGUCCCCUUUGGUGAGUCCCGUUGUAUAUAAAGGUGGAGAGCUGAGUGAAUGAGUGCAGGUCUGAGCGCGCUCAGUGGGUCUGUUCCUGGUCCAAAGCUUAUCAGCCGCUCUAAUUGGAUGAGCUGCUCUGAUUGUUUUCUCUCCGCAGGUCUGAUGUACAUGCUGCUAAAACACCAGGCCGACAAGUACAACAUGUUCUACGCGGAUCUGCCCACAAAACUGGACAAGAAGAUCCACUCUGGAGCCGUCAACCAGGUGGUGGCCGCUCCUAUCCUCUGCCUCUUCUGGCUCCUCUUCUUCCUCACUGUUCGCUCGGGUAAGACGAGGACGCCCCCUGCAGGCUGCUGACGUUAAAACACCUGUUACGAUUAGAAAGCAGGUCCAGAAACAAACUCUUUUCUCUCCUCUUCAGGGUUCUCAGCGGCAACGUCCAUGUUCACGGUUAUUGUUCUGAUCAUCACAAUAAUCAUCUGCCUCUCUCACGUCUGCUUUGGACACCUUAAGUAUCUCAGCGCACACAACUACAAGGUGAAACUCUCACUCUGUCAAAGAUAACAAUCGUGUUUUUGUCUGUCUGCGUUGGUUAAACUCUCGUCCCUUCUGUCACAGAUCGACAACCAGGUGGACAGUCAGGUCGGUUGGUUCAGCUGUGUCCCUCUGGGAUCAGGAGAUGUUCUGGUCAGGUGAUCUGACUUCAGGUGAACCAGCUCUCAGGUUUUAAUAUCCUCCUCUUUUUUUCUCCUCUUUCUCCGGAUUUUCGCGUUUAAAGUUAUCGCACCUCUGGGGGUCCAAUAGCGGGUCUAAACGCGUUUAAAUACGGCGGCACUCUUGUUGUUCCAAGGAAGACAGCGGCGACAAUUGCGUCGAAACAGGAUUUUUCGUGACAGAAAACACCCCUUCGACACGUAUGACGACCACGAAGUGUUCCGUAAGUUUAGAUUUCGACGGCACCAUAUUCUCGACCUCACACAGGAGAUUUCCGCUAAAAAUUGAACUUUCGAACCGAGGAUUCACCCUCACUCCACUACAACAAGUCCUCGUAACCUUACGGUACUACGCCGCUUCUUCUUUCCAAGACGUGUGUGGGGAGUUGGUAGGAGUGGAUCAGUCGACAGUCAGUCGAACCGUCACUCGAAUGACUGAUGCAUUCUUCAGACAAGCCAGGCAACAUAUAUACUUCCCGGAUCAAACACUUAAAACAGACCGGUUGACCCAAUUCUAUAAAUAUCUUUACCGUUUAAGACACUCUCAACGCGGUUAGCUAUACGGUUCCGUUUACAGCAUUGUGCAUACCAAAAUCGUAUAGGAACUAAAAGUGUUUAAGGCCCGUAUAACUAAACGCGUUUAAGCCCUAAUCGCGUUUACGCUAAACGCUUUCAACAUGCAUACGGGCCUCCUGGUGGCUCCGCUCUUUGAGCAUCAACAUUGUCCUCUUCCUCCUCCUGUUCUUCCUCACCACCCCCGCCAUCAUUAUCUCCACCAUGGACAAGUUCAACGUCACCAAACCUGUGGAGUACCUCAACGUGAGUUUAAGACCUGAAGUUACCUUUGUUAGUUCUUGUAGCUCCUCCUCCUUCUUCUUCUUCUUCAGCCCCGAGACAGUCUUCUUCAUGUCUUAACUUCAUGUCUCUCUCUUGAAUCUGUCCCGCAGAAUCCAAUCAUCACCCAGUUCUUCCCGACCCUCGUCCUGUGGUCCUUCUCCGCUUUACUCCCGACCAUCGUCUACUACUCUGCCUUUUUUGAAGCCCACUGGACCCGGUACGGUUAAACUUGGUUUUUCUGUUCUGAUUGUGACGUCUGUCUGGAUUUAAUCGUGUUUAAUCGUCUCUGUUUGGUCUUCAGGUCUGGAGAGAACAGGACCACGAUGCAUAAAUGCUACACCUUCUUGAUCUUCAUGGUCCUGUUGCUGCCCUCUCUUGGACUCAGCAGGUACAGCGUGCUCUUAAAGCUACAGUCAGUGUUUUUUUAGAUUCAUCCUGUCACUGACUCUUUUGUCCUCGUAUCUCUGCAGUUUGGACGUUUCUUCCGCUGGCUUUUUGACACAAGUUUCCUGGAUCUUGCGACCGUCAGAUUUCAGUGAGUUGAUCGAGUUUCGGACGAUCCGUUCAGAUUUUACUGCGACGCUGACUUUUCCUGUCGUUCCCAAGGUGUGUGUUUCUCCCUGACAAUGGCGCCUUCUUCGUGAACUACAUCAUCGCAUCCGCGUUCAUCGGUAAUAGGCCUGCACGAUAUAUCGUUUGACUAUCGUCAUCGCGAUGUACGUGUGUGCGAUAGUCACAUCGCAGAGCCUGCGAUAUUGGAGGUGAAUGAACUCAUUUAAUUUCAAGGGUAACUGACUGAGAUACACUGCAUGUGACUCUGCAUGUGCUUUGCAGCGAUCCACCAAUCACAUUUGUCCUUAACUCAGUUGCCAAUCAGACUCACUUCUCAGUUGCCAAUCAGACUACCCUGCCAGCUGUCAAUCAAAAUCAGAGAGGAGGAAACCCACCCCUGCACAUGUUCUGCACAUGGAGGGAGACGCUUGUCCGCUGAGAAUUACUUUCGGAACUUUACUCAUGACUGUUAAGCCCAACAAAUAAGAACUGUAUGGGUUUUAAAUUGUACAUUUCCGUGGACCACUCUACUAUAAGCAGUGCGCGUUUUGCGAGGUGCAUGCAAUUCUCGGAGGACAUGCGUUUCUCGGCACAACACCGCUAACAACAACAACAACGAUCGCAAAAUGAGCAACGAACAAGCGAAAACCACCGAAAAUGAAGAUUUGUUGCCCAAAAGAAAAGGAAAGUCAGUUAUCUGGAAUUAUUUCGGUUAAAAGAAGGAUGAUGUCGACCAAAACACGUCUUCUGUGUUCAUCUGUUGCCACAAUAACGUCCCAGCACAAUAAAAGCUAAAAAUAUCUCUGAGACAGAAGCCAUUCUAACAUUCACAAAAAGAGGUAAGAUCAGUGCAGGUUAACUGUCCUCAAGAUUUCAGCAGUGCAGCAUAACAUUAAGUGCUAUUCAGGUCAUCUGGUGAAAAUUCCUGUAUUUUUAAUAUCGCAAUAUAUAUCGCAAGGUUGAAAAAAUCGCAAUAUUAUUUUUUUCCAAUAUCGUGCAGCCUUAAUCGGUAACGCCAUGGACCUGCUGAGGAUACCCGGUCUGCUCAUGUACAUGAUCCGACUGUGUUUGGCUCAGGUGUUUUGACGUUAAAACACCUGUUACGAUUAGAAAGCAGGUCCAGAAACAAACUCUUUUCUCUCCUCUUCAGGGUUCUCAGUGGCAACGUCCAUGUUCACGGUUAUUGUUCUGAUCAUCACAAUAAUCGUCUGCCUCUCUCACGUCUGCUUUGGACACUUUAAGUAUCUCAGCGCACACAACUACAAGGUGAAACUCUCGCUCUGUCAAAGAUAACAAUCGUGUUUUUGUUUGUCUGCGUUGGUUAAACUCUCGUCCCUUAUGUCACAGAUCGACAACCAGGUGGACAGUCAGGUUGGUUGGUUCAGCUGUGUCCCUCUGGGAUCAGGAGAUGUUCUGGUCAGGUGAUCUGACUUCAGGUGAACCAGCUCUCAGGUUUUAACAUCCUCCUCUUUUUUUCUCCUCCGCAGCAAAGUUACAUCUCUCAGGUACUUCAGGACACAACUUGGAGGAGGGCGGCUCAGGCAGCGGCGAGGACGACGGCCAGGGGUCCUCGCUGGAAGAGGAAAUAAUCAACGUGGAGAACAGUCUGACUGAGGACUUCUACUACUACUACCUCUACUAUGGUGAGGACAGCCUUAUCGAUCAGGAAGUGAGGAACUGACGUCCACGAACCCCCUCCCGCCUUUAACUCGCUGUUGUUUUUUCCUGUUAACAUUUCUCUCCGCAGGUCUGAUGUACAUGCUGCUCAAACACCUGGCCGACAGGUACAACAUGUACAACGCUCAUCUCUUCAUUAAACUGGACUAGAAAAUCCACUCUGGAGCCGUCAACCAGGUGGUGGCCGCUCCUAUCCUCUGCCUCUUCUGGCUCCUCUUCUUCCUCACUGUUCGCUCGGGUAAGACGAGGACGCCCCCUGCAGGCUGCCGACGUUAAAACACCUGUUACGAUUAGAAAGCAGGUCCAGAAACAUUAAAUUGUUUUCUCUCCUCUUCAGGGUUCUCAGCGGCAACGUUCAUGUUCACAUUUAUCGUUUUGAUCAUCACAAUAAUCAUCUGCCUCUCUCACGUCUGCUUUGGACACUUUAAGUAUCUCAGCGCUCACAACUACAAGGUGAAACUCUCGCUCUGUCAAAGAUAA